AUGCAUAGUCACCAAAGUAGACCGCCAUCCAGACAUGGCGGCACAUCAGACACGGCAGGUCAUGUAGACACCUACUCCGAGCCCAAGUACAGUCAUCCAGACACAGUUGCCAGCCAGAAAUGCACAGACCCAAAGGGCAGCCAGCCAGAAAGGCACGGACACAAAGGGCAGCCAGCCAGAAAGGCACGAACCCAAAGGGCAGCCAGCCAGAAAGGCACGGACCCAAAGUGCAGCCAGCCAGAAAGGCACGAACCCAAAGGGCAGCCAGCCAGAAAGGCACGGACCCAAAGGGCAGCCAGCCAGAAAGGCACGGACCCAAAGGGCAGCCAGCCAGAAAGGCACGGAACCAAAGGGCAGCCAGCCAGAAAGGCACGGACCCAAAGGGCAACCAGCCGGAAAGGCACGGACCCAAAGGGCAGCCAGCCGGAAAGGCACGGACCCAAAGGGCAGCCAGCCAGAAAGGCACGGACACAAAGGGCAGCCAGCCAGAAAGGCACGGACCCAAAGGGCAGCCAGCCAGAAAGGCACGGACCCAAAGGGCAGCCAGCCAGAAAGGCACGGACCCAAAGGGCAGCCAGCCGGAAAGGCACGGACCCAAAGGGCAGCCAGCCAGAAAGGCACGGACGCAAAGGGCAGCCAGCCAGAAAGGCACGGACCCAAAGGGCAGCCAGCCAGAAAGGCACGGACGCAAAGGGCAGCCAGCCAGAAAGGCACGGACCCAAAGGGCAGCCAGCCGGAAAGGCACGGACCCAAAGGGCAGCCAGCCAGAAAGGCACGGACGCAAAGGGCAGCCAGCCGGAAAGGCACGGACCCAAAGGGCAGCCAGCCAGAAAGGCACGGACCCAAAGGGCAGCCAGCCAGAAAGGCAUGGACCCAAAGGGCAGCCAGCCAGAAAGGCACGGACUCCAAGAGCAGCCAGCCAGAAAGGCACAGACCCAAAGGCGUUUGGCCAAGCAGGCAUAG